UGGGAGUUGUAGUCCGGUCCGCUGGAGACGGUGCUGCUGCGGGCCCGGCGCCGGCCUUUGUCUGUCUGCGGGCGCGCCCCGCUGCGGUGCUCAGGAACAGCUCAUGGAAGAAUCAUAUGAAGAGGGCGUAACUGAGGUCCUACAGCAGGAGUGGACAUGUUUGGAUUCCCAGCAGCCACUCUGCUGGACUGUCACGGAAGAUACGCCCAGAAUGUAGCAUUCUUCAAUGUGAUGACUGAAGCUCACCACAAAUAUGAUCAUUCUGAGGCCACAGGAUCCUCAAGCUGGGAUAUCCAGAAUUCUUUCAGAAGAGAGAAGCUGGAACAAAAAUCCCCAGAUGCUAAGACACUACAGGAAGAUUCACCUGGAGCGAGACAAAAGAUCUAUGAAUGCCAGGAGUGUGGAAAAUCCUUCCGGCAAAAAGGCAGUCUAACAUUACAUGAGAGAAUCCACACUGGUCAAAAACCUUUUGAGUGUACCCACUGUGGGAAAAGCUUCAGGGCCAAAGGUAAUCUUGUUACACAUCAGCGAAUACACACAGGAGAGAAGCCCUACCAGUGCAAGGAGUGUGGGAAAAGCUUCAGUCAGCGAGGUAGUCUAGCCGUCCACGAGAGACUCCACACUGGACAGAAACCCUAUGAGUGUGCUAUUUGUCAGAGAAGCUUCAGGAAUCAAAGUAACCUUGCUGUUCACAGAAGAGUUCACAGCGGUGAGAAGCCCUACAGAUGUGAUCAGUGUGGAAAAGCCUUCAGUCAGAAAGGAAGUUUAAUUGUUCACAUCAGAGUCCACACAGGCCUGAAGCCCUAUGCCUGUACCCAGUGCAGGAAGAGUUUCCACACUAGGGGGAAUUGUAUUCUGCAUGGCAAAAUCCACACAGGAGAGACGCCCUAUCUGUGUGGCCAAUGUGGGAAAAGCUUUACUCAGAGAGGGAGUCUGGCUGUGCACCAGCGAAGCUGCUCACAAAGGCUCACCCUUUGACUGCUCUCUUCAAAGGAAGUUCUCUUUGUGAAUCAAAAGUACAAAAUCCUCUGAGAUCAGGAACCUAUCUGACUCUGUGGAAUGCAUGGAGAAUCUUUCAAAAAGUCC